GUGUCCUGUUGUGGCGGUGUUUUUAUUUCGAGACUGAUUUUUGGUACACGAAUGAGCUCAUUAUGAGAAAUGUGAUGGUCCGAUGCAUUUUUUCGGCUUUAAGCGUGGGUAUUUGUAUAGUUGGAAUCCUAGGACAAGAAAUCCAUCGAUACCAGCAAUGGGAUCAACAGGUACUAGCCGACGAAUGGAAACCGUUCGUGCCAGGCUUUCCACCCCGUCAAGUAGAAAGCUUCCCUCAGCGGACCGAUUCUAGUCGCCAAUUCUUCGGUAAAGUUCCCGAACCGGUACAAGUCGUCCCCGUACAGCAAAACUUAUACAAGAAAUCGUUCCAAACAGCCGCAUCGGCCAAUACCAUCGAGCCAUUCGUCGUGCCACCAAUUCUAGGCUCGUUCAAUACAUUCGGCUUGCAGACAAUCCAAGCCCGAAAUCCUCAUCUGGAUAAGAACAUCAAAGAUAACCAAUUCCUGGACCAAGGCACACAUCUGCAUCCUAAAUACUUCCCUCAAAACGCCCAGCAACAACAGCAACAGCAGCAGCAGCAAUUGCAACAACAACAACCUCAACGUUUCCCGCCGGUAUUUCUUCAGCCACAACAUCAACACCAGCAGUAUCUGCCUCAACAGCAGCAUUACCCUACACCUUACCGGUUGGAAAAUGUACCCAAGCCUCAGUCUCUGAUACAGGCGCCUUCGAAGACUAUCCAAACUUCGGUGCAAAUCUUCCCUCCAAAUCCACCCAAUCCCUACCAACCGAAUAACUAUUUCUUGGGAUCGCCUCAGAAACAAGAAAGCUACGAAGAUGAAGAAGCCUUUUCGCGCAAACAGCAACAACCUUUGCCCAGACCUAAUGACUUUUUGCUCAAUACCAAUAAUAUAGCUACUAUUUACGGUCACAGGGAUCCGUCGUUGAACAUACCUCCUCCAGCAUUGAAACCGACACCUUUCAUAAGAAACGAACAAAUCCAAGAUCACUUCUUCUACGAAGGUGGCUUGAAACCAGCUCCUCAAAGAUACGAACCAUUAAACGGAUUCAACAAACGCCCUUACGAACCGCAGCAACAACAAAUCAAACACCACGAAUUGAAAAAACCUCACGAAGAUAACCCCAGUAAACAAGUCUUCGAACAGUUGUCGCAAUUCAGCAGACCGUUCUCCCUACCCAGAGAACCUGCCCGAGAACCAGUCACCGAGCAUUCAAGACCCAAACCAGACCAAGGUAUCGACGAGUUGGGUCAAAAUUACGACAUUCCAGUCGAGCACUACAAGAAGGAAAAACCCAAACCUAGUCAUUUACCUCAUAAGCCGGCUUUCGACCGUAUUCCACCAUCAGCCAGUUUCCAAGAAGUCAGCACCGCUACUAAUCUAUUAGACUACGAGCCUGGUAAACUGCAAUCGAUCAAAUCGGUCACUUAUUUGCCACAACGUGACGUCAUUCAGUUCAACGAAGAAGACGUUGCAGGAGGCGUUAAACAAUACCAGAAUAACGAGAAAUACAACUCGUUUACCAGAACUCCGUUUUUACCCACUCCGACCGAAUCUGAAGACGAACACAGCUUCGGAGCUUUCCAAAAAAUAACCACUCCUCCUCAAAAGCUCACCACCUCAGCUUUGCCCAAGAAUCACAAAUACUUCAGUAUUCAACACACCAGCAAUCGCAAUCGUUACCCUCAACAAGUUAAUUACAACCCAGAACCACCCAAAUACUUCACCUCCACCGAAUCUGCAGAACAAAUCGUAUACGAAGAUAAACAGAAAUAUGCCCCAGUAACUACUCAGAAACCAGUCGAUUACGAAAUCGAGCAACAAUACGAAACUACGACCAGAAAAGCUGGUACUCGUCGUCGUAAGCCAUCCAAGGGAAACAAGAAUAAAGACCAAGUACGAUACAAAACAUCCCAACCAGAAGUCUCAACCACAAGCAGCACCAUCAACAAUGAGUACUACGCUUCCAAUGAUAUUCCCUCAACUGAGGCCUCAAUCCAAUAUACCACAAAGAAGAAGGCAACCAAACAUACGACAGCCAAACCCGAAGAUGACUACCCCAAUUACCCUCAAUACGUGAAACAACAAGAAAACUACCCCAAUUACCCAGCCAAACAACAAGAAAACUAUCCCAAUUACCCAGCCAAGCAACAAGACAACUAUCCCAAUUACCCAGCCAAGCAACAAGAAAACUAUCCCAAUUACCCAGCCAAACAACAAGACAACUAUCCCAAUUACCCUAAAGAAUUCCUGCAGCAAAGUGGUCUGCUGCAGAGUAACUACGACUCGUCCAACUCGGGAUCAGAUUACUUCAAUUCUGAGAAACAAGAAGAAAAAGAAAACUAUCCCCAAACUGUGACCUCAUCGCAAUCGACAACAACCACUACAACUCCAGAAUCGACGACAUCUUCGCUUAAGACCCGAAUCAAGAACAAAUACUCCAAUUCGACCAGACCCAGAUUCAGUAUCAAGGAUUACAAGCGAACUACCGCAGCUUCCACUCAGAGUACACCAACUUCGACGACUGAAAGUCUCGAAGAACCAGCUGAUACGGAGAAGAAACCCAUACGUAAGGUGACUUUCGCCUCACGAUCGAAAAACAAAACUGAGUCAGCCAAAUCGGCGGAAGAAUCUACGUCGGAAUCGUUGAGGAAAUACAAACCAAGAACUAGACCAUCGAAAUACCGCACAACGACCACAACGUUGGCCCCAGACACCACAACCGAACGUGUCAAUACUUUCAAACCAUCGACUUCGAAUAGAGUAAAGACCAGCACGAGUAAAUACUACAAUCGUUUCAGGACGACGACAGAAAUCACCGGUAACGAUGCCGAAGAACCAUCGGCAGCGUCUUCCGAUAAGAAACCAGUACGAACGAUGCUGUUCUCAGCCAAACGAUCGUCCGUACUGAAAACCAAGUCAACUACGACGCCGAAAGCUGAAGAAUCGCAAGAUGAGAGCGUCGACGAGGCUGAAGAUUCGCCAGCCCCUAUCGUGAAAAAGAACACCAUUAGUCAAUUUAAACCAAAUACUAAACUCGAUAAGGCUGACGACGCUUCGCAAACUAAUAUAAUGACUAGUUCGGAAGAACAAAACGAGAAGAAAGAGAUCGCUGCCGCCGCUGAAACAGCUAAAAAAGCAGCUCAGGCUGAUGCAGAAAUAGACAUAACUACGUCAUCGGAAGAAGAAUCUGAUGAUUUUUCAUCCGAAGUGGCAGAUCCCAAAGAGAACGAAGUCACUACUCCAUCGAGUCUAUCGAUCGUAGCCGAUGAUCGAAUGGAUGACGCCGAUAGAGUAUCGAAAGUAUCGUCGUUGACCAGUCUGGACGAAUCGGACUUGCCGAUAUCGUUUUUCCAAAAAUGGCCGACAAACGGUAAUCAAAAACAGUGAUCACAAUUUCCCCCGAGUCAUUUUAUAUUAAUUAAUUAAUAUUCGUAAGGUUUCAUAAUGUAUCUCUCAUAGAUUGUAUUAUGUAUUUCUAUGUACUAUUUUUCUUCUUUUUUGUUUUUGCAUUUCCGUACUUAACCAAACCUCUCAAUAAAUACGAGCCCAACAAACUAUACCUAAGUAAACAUUACGCAAUUGUAGACAGAUACUUCGAUCGUCACGGAUAUAUUUAUCGAGUUACCAACGAAAUCAUUCGCUAUUUCGAAAACCCACAUUGUUCGAAUCAUUGAAUAAACAGAAGAUACGUCUGCUGAUUAAAUCGAUUCAAAAAGCGGAAAAUUACGCCAAUCACGUUAAUUCUUCAGUAUAGUUACAGGUCAAUAGAUGCGUCGUCGUGCUGAUGGCGAUGGAUGGCGCUAGGAGCUUCUUUUAUAACGCUAUUGUAUAAGUUAGCCGAUAGGUAUCUGUGAACAAUCCGAGACCGCAGAAAAUAGUUCACAUUUUUGGCCAUUUUCUGAAAAAUUAUAGGGGUAAAUCCGUGUUUGCAGCUUAUUGGCUAACGUAAUAAUUAUAUUCAUUCUUAUAAUGCGAAAUUGGGAACCAUUAACGAGACAAAUGAAUGUUCAAAAAAAAAAAAAAAAAUGCAAAGAAUCAUAUAUUUUGUUUGGUCUAGAAAAAUUAUCAACUUGAAUAAAAAUUUCAAAGAAAAAAAUUACGUUGAGUUACCUCUCGUUCAUUUGUCUCGUAAUGGAAUUUGGUUUAUAUUCCCUUUCCACAAAAUAAUAUUAUAAUACGAGUAGAAUUAUUAUUCUAUUAAAUUUUUAUACGUAAUUUAUUUUUUAAAAAAGACUGUAAAUAUUUGUAUAAAA